ACAAUCAAUCAACUCACCAUUGCAUUCACCUUACCUCGCCCAUCCCAACAUCACCCAUCCCAUACCAUCUAGAAGACACACACACACACACACAAGCAUCAGCGAACACAGACAGGGAAACACAGUUUCCAGAAGCUUUCCAAGAAUGUCCUCCAACGUCGGCCUCUCCACCCCGCGCGGCAGCGGCACCUCGGGCUACGUCCAGCGCAACGCCGCCUUCAUCAAGCCCCGCUCCACGGGCUACGGCCAACCGUACCCGCCCGUCUCGGGCGCCAACUCGGCUGCCGGCGCCGGCGGUGGCUUCAAGCAGCGCGUGCCGGAUCGGCAGAUCCUCGAGCAUGACCGGCGCCGUGCCGUCGAGGUCAAGGUUAUGGAGUUACGGGAGGAGUUGGAGGAGGAGAAUGAGCGGUUAGAGGAGGAUAUCGAGGAGCGGUGUCAGCGGUUACGGGAGAGGUUGUUGAGGGAGUUGGAGGAGGAGGAGCGGCGGGCUGCGGCGCGGAAGGAGAGGGAUGCGGGCAGGGCUGCGGCCGGGUAUGCGGGUAAUGGUGGUGCGGGCAGACGGUGGGGCAGGGAGAGGGAGAGGGAUAUGCCUCCUCCGUCCAAGAAGCAGUUCAAGUCGUAUCAGGUGCAUGAGUUGGCGGAGGCUAAGAUUGAGGAGAGUGAGCGCUUGAGGAGGGCGUUGGGGAUUCGCGAGGAUAGGGAGACUGGGGAGAUCUCGGGGGGGAGAAGGAGGGAUUGAUUGUUGGACUGGUUGGGUGUUUUUGCUUGGGGUGGUGGAUUCUUCUGAUGAUUUGGCUUGUAUCUGGGGUCUAGGGAAGGGAGGAUUGAUGGGUGUUUGGGCGUUAGAUUAUGGAUUUGCUUUUUUUUUUUUUUUUUUUUACGGCGCCUCUAAGCAGGGUGAUACUGCAAUACUGUACCUUCGAUGAUCAGACACAGCUGUACAUUAACUAUAUGCUCACAAAUU